AUGGGAAACCAAAUAGGAGAGUUGUUUCAAAACGAAACAUUGAAUUCUGAAUACGGGCCGUGUGCCAUCUUUAACUGCCGACCGUCUUCUUAUGGUCAACGACUCGUAGUCUUCAAGGGUAUCGUAACAGAGUACAUGACAGGAAAACAAGUUAUUAAAGUGUUUAGAGAGAAAACUAGAUAUGAGCCGGAAACGCCUAUUCAACGCAGUAGGUGUUACAUAGAAAACAAAGAAAUCGCACAGAUGUACUUAAAGAAGAACGGAAGUAACAAAAUAUCUUUUCUCGACCUUCGCAAAGCGGAAAUGGACAAGGUAUCAAUGUUUACAAGUCAAAUCCGUACCAGUGACAAAUGCCAUAAACGCCGUCUUUGUGAAGAUGACGUUGUAGUUUUUGAGCAGGAUCUCGGUAAAAACUUUAAAACGUUCAUAGAACGUGAUGGAACCGUGAGCAGUAACUGUUGCGGAAAACUUCAGGAGUUUGUUCAUUUCGUUUACAACGAGUCAAAAGGGCAAGAAAUUGUGACAGGUUUAAAAGGAGUAAGAGUAGGUCAGAACUUCAAACUUACGUCACCAUCCAUGAAUUCUGUAAGUAAAAAAUACGGACCAGAUGACUUUGGAGAAAAGGCUAUGUUGAACUUUUUUACCUCUCAUGUAUGUACCGACGUCUGCACACAAUGGCCAAAACCAACAGUUCUGCAUCCAUUCCAUUGUUUAGAGACAGUCACAAAAACUCAACAUACACUGACGCCUACCAGAGAGAGUGACAUGCCACCUCCUGAGUAUGAUUCAAGAUGGCGGCUUGAUUUCGAGAAAUUCAAAUCACGUUCCUUGCAAGUAGAACCAUCCGCGCCACCAGCUUAUGAAUUAGUUACUUGAAAAAUAAUCCC